GGUUUACGCAUCGUGGGACGCCUUUUUCGCGCUGUAAUAUUUUCUAUUUAUUUCAUAAAUCUUAAUUUAGUAUAGAAAACAUGUCUGGUAUCGCCAGUGCCCGUCUCGCCGAAGAAAGGAAAGCUUGGCGUAAAGACCAUCCCUUUGGUUUCGUUGCCCGGCCUAUGAAAAAUCCCGAUGGAUCUUUAAACCUUAUGACAUGGGAGUGUGCAAUUCCUGGUAAAAAGGGAACUCCAUGGGAAGGUGGACUAUACAAACUGCGUAUGAUCUUCAAGGACGAUUACCCUUCCAGUCCACCAAAGUGCAAGUUUGAACCACCACUGUUCCACCCAAAUGUCUAUCCCUCCGGCACAGUAUGCCUCUCUCUACUAGACGAAGAAAAAGAUUGGCGUCCAGCGAUCACAAUCAAACAGAUUUUACUUGGAAUCCAAGAUCUUUUAAAUGAGCCAAAUGUUAAGGACCCUGCACAAGCCGAAGCCUACACAAUUUACUGUCAAAACCGGCUAGAAUAUGACAAGAGAGUCCGAGCGCAGGCCCGAGCCAUGGCUGCCACUGAGUGAAUCUAACACAUUCCUGUCACCAUUUGGAAUGAUAAAAAAAGACUAAUUUUAUAAUCAUACUUUGUAGCUUUAGUUUAACAGUACCUGCAAUCAACUAAAUUAAGGUUGCUUCUACAGAAUAAUUUGUCUAACAUAUUUUGGUAAUUGCAAGAAUUGUAACACUAUGUACUUUUAAUGGAAUGAUUUUCAAAUUAGUCUUUUUAUAUGUCUUAAGAUAUUAGUUUUAAGUAGGAUAAAAAAUUGGAGUUAAAUUGCUGAUCUAGCUCAGUAUCUAAAAAAUUAAACUGAAUAGAAUAUCAAGUAUUUUUAACUUCUCCUACAUAAAUUAUUGCAGUAUCUUCCUAACAUUAAACCAUGUUUGUAACUUGUCAUUCAAAUAUGCUACAAGGUAAACUUAAUUUAUUUGGAAACUUUGAAAAUAUUUAUAACGGAGAUCAAAAUUUGUAAAAUGAAACCAUAUUGCUUAAACUUAAUUCGGAAAUGUAGGUUUUGCUGGCAAACAACAAUUUUAUAAAGGUUUUAUAUAAAGCCAUGUUUCAGAAGUCACAAAAUACCUGUGUGAUUCAAGGCUUGUACCACGAAAGCGUUUUGAGACUCAAACAAUUGAACGAUAAUGCCGCGUCCUACCUAACAAACGAGAAAUUAAGUUAGAGUAGGACGCGGCAUUCUCGUCCGAUAGUUUGAGUCUCAAAACGGUUUCGUGGUAGGCCUACUGAAUAUACCAAAUGAAUGUUUUAAAUUGUUCUAAGUAAUGCAUUUAAGCUGUUAGUAUCAAUAAAACAGAAACUUCGAGAUGAAUCUUACAUUAUUACUUUUAACUAUUUUUGUAUCUUUAUGCUAAUGUAUCAAACAAUAAACUUAUUUAAAAUCA